AUCACCUCUCAACGCGGUUUAUACCGUAGAGGGGAGGCGGGGGGGUGGCGACCGCUUUUAUAGGUUAUAUAAACCGGUGUGGGUAUGGCAAUUACCUAAAAGGUCGAGUAAACACGACUACACCGAGCUAAAGUUAAGGAUUUCGUAGAGCGGCAGCGGCAGCGGCGAAAGAGCUUUGGCGGUGGUGGGACGACCGGUAUAAUAUUCUUCCGUGGCUAGCGAGGAGAGGAGUAGCUGGAGAGUAUCUCUCAGCAGCGUCCAUACUCGCCCACCUUUCGAACAAAGAAAAGAAAGUGAGCAAAAGAACGGGAAAAAACGAAAGUCCAAAAAAAUCAUCUUCAACCCCCAUCCGAGACCGGGAAAGCUUGAAAACGGAGGCCCCGCCCCCCCGGGAGUUCGCACGUAUAGGUGAGGUUUAUAUACGAAAAUAAGGUUUCUAUGUGUUUUAUUGGAUAUACACCGCAGCCUCGGUAACGCGGGGAGGGGCGGUGAGGGACGGAGAUGGAAGGGGAUGGCUAAAUCAAAGACAAACCACUUUACCUGGCGACAGAGCCGUCGACCACCACACGGGAAGUGAGGCUAUACAGCCACACAGAGGCGUUUUGUGUAUGUACUAUAACGUUGUUAUCCGCCUGCCCUCCCUCCGCCCCCACCGAGUGGUAUUCGGAGUCAAGUGUUCUCCCUACUUCAGGUCCGGGGGUGAUACGAGAGGUAGGAAAUUAUAGGUAUACGCGCUCGGAAUUUGGGGCGCGGGGUGCGAGUCGAAAGCUCUUUCGUCUGGCGAACGUUUCCGAUUCGUCGCGAGCUAAAUCUGUGGGCGUGUCUUCGGGUAAUCACGCCCACGAGGGGGCGGUUACUAAUUUCUAUGCGCUCCACAGGCAGAGGCCACUUUCCAGACCUAAUAAUACGGUAUAUACAUCCUAUUUAACCACACCAGGCCGCAGCUCGUGCCACCGAGAGAAGAAGAAGAAGGGCUUUGACUGUGCGCCACCGACACUACGCGAGAUAAACCGAAUACUCCUCGCUUAUUCUCGCCACAGGCACCGGACGACGCGUUACUCUUUCAAAACAAAAAGACCAGAAGAAUACCCAAAUCGAAUCGAAAAUAUUAACUCGAUUGAAAAAAAAAACAAAAACAAAAACAGAACGGAACAUUGUGAAUGAGGAAAAAUAAAAUUGAAGUGCGUAUCGUCUUUACGAUGACUUUGCGACGCGUCGAAGUCCGUGUGGGAAACUUUCGUUCGAGUGAUUCGUUUUUGUGUAUUUUCGUUUCGUUUUGUUUCUCGUGUGUUUUGUGAGGUGUGAUGAUCAUCGGUGACAUGUAUAAUAAUUCAGUGAGCAUCGGUGUCGACGAUAAUUUUUUUCUCGACGCAGGUGCGACAAACGACAGUCAGAAGGUAUCGAACGUUUGAAAAUCCGUGUGACACGAGUGAAGUGGUCAUCGAACGAUAACCUGUUGGGUAAAAAGACGAAGAGGUUUUUAACGAUUAUGCCUCUUGCGUCGGAGCAUCGGGACUGCACUGCCGAGUCAAAUUCAUCGGAAUUGAAGAAACUAGUCGAUGCGACAGCGGCGAGGAUAAUAUCCGACAAAAAUUUCACCACCGAAGACUCGAACGUCGACGAAGAGGAGCGCAACGCGGACAACAAUUGCUCCGGAUCGAUUUCCGGUUCAUCCUUGUACGAUCCAUCCGAGAUCAGCAGAGAACCGAUGAAGACUGAAAAGCGAUCGAUUCACAGACCGCAUCCGUCGGGAUCCCUGAUUCUCACCGGAACACCUUGCAGCAGUUUCAUUCACAGGGACAGAGUGUCCCCAAACUCUUCGAAUUCCUCGUCCCUCAGCAGAAAUCAACACAAUCCCGUCGUCCUGCACGUACACGCGAACAACAACCAUUUCAUUUACGGCACGUCCUCGUCAUCGUCGUCCGUCGGUCGAUCUCCCGUAGGUAUAGCCGUUGACGUGCAACCGACGGACGUCCAAAAUGUCAGGAGAGAAUUAAUCGAAAGCAACGGCGGAUCAGCGGAUCAGCUGAUCGCUGACCAGGAUGUCCAGGGGAAAAUAGUUCGCCGCGGCGACGACGCGGACGAAACGAGCAGGGUCAACGUCGAGAUGGACGAAGAAGAUGGCGAUGAAGGGGAUGGAGAGGAGCACGACGAAGACGACGAGGAGGUCGAGGUUGACGUUUGUCACUCACCUGCGGACCUCGGCAGUCCGAGUCCCGUUGAUUUGACGCACUCUUCGAGGGAACCGGAAUUCCAUCCCUCUGUCGGACUGGCCUGCAGCCCCGUAUUGACCUUCGGGAGCAGGUUGACGGCGACACCUUCGACCGAUUCUUCGAUUCACCUGCACGCGUUGUCCGCCUGCCUCCAACAGCAUCAGGGUAACAAUUCGAACGGAGGAACCGGAGCUUCCAGAUACCUCGGCUACUGUACCGCCACGGGUACAUCCUCUACCGCGACUACGCCCACACCGCCGGCGACGACGACCACCUCCAACUGUACGACGAAUUCCGGACAACAGCACAAAAGGGGGCUAGCAUUUUCCGUUGAAAAUAUAUUGGACCCCAAUAAAUUUACCGGUGGACGAUUACACCUGCACAGCAUCGGACACAACAGGAACAGGCGCGGGAGCAGCAUACACGAAGACGGCGAUUCGAGGGGAGAGUACGCUUGCGGCAGCGGUCAGGAGGACGAGGGUGUCGGAGAUGCGGAGGAACUGGACGACGAGGAGGACGAGGACGUCGAGAUGCAGGAGCACGGGGACGUCGGCGGAUCGGGUAACCCCGGCGGAUGUAAGAAGAAGUCGUCUUCGUCGUCGUCGUCCUCCCAGAAUCAGGGUGGUUCGGCUGGCGGUAAACCGCGACGCGCCAGAACCGCGUUCACCUACGAACAGCUGGUGGCGUUGGAGAACAAGUUCAAAACGACGAGAUACCUCUCGGUGUGCGAACGUUUGAAUCUCGCGUUAUCCCUGACGCUCACGGAGACUCAGGUGAAAAUAUGGUUCCAAAAUCGACGCACCAAAUGGAAGAAACAGAAUCCGGGACUCGACGUCAACAGUCCCACCGUACCCACCACACCUCCCCAUCCGCACCCCCACAGUUCACCUUACGCGCCAACGUUAUUCUUCCCGGCCCACACGCAUCCUCACCACCCACCUCCGCCCGGUUAUUAUCACCACCCGACGCCCUACGCGACUACAGGACCCACCUUCUUCGGACAUCAUCUGACUUCGCCGACGCCCAAUACACUCUCCCACUCACAUUCCCACACGCAUCCGCACGCGUAGCAACUCAACGACCUCCUCGUAAGUUCGAAAAUCAAAGGGAAUUAGGGUGUAACCUUCGGAGGGCCGGGGGUGGAGAAAAGACCGUAACAAUUUGUCGUCUCGGUUCCGACGAAUUCGACUACGAUGUCGAUUUUUUUGAUUUUUUUGAUUUUUUCUUUUCUCAAAUUCGGAACAACGGAUUCAAGAUUUUCGUUCAAUUUAUCAACGCCGUUUCGAACGUUCGCUGUAAGACUUCCGGCCGCUCGAAGGUUACGAAGUGUAUAAAUAUUAGAUUCGGCAGACUGUGCGGUGUAAGUUUCGUUGUAACGUGACGAAAAAGGUCGAUGAUACAUAUGAAGAGCGAGGUGGUGAUUUUUUAUAGAUAUUAUGUGUGGUGAACGAAAUAACCAUACGAACGAUUAUCGUUUCAAUUCUACGGACUAUGCAUAUACGAGUAGGGACAUAGAUAUAGGUAAUAGGUUACAGGUAAGACUAGUUACUUAUCGAGUAUUCUCAUGUAAAAUAAAGGCCAAAUUACGCUUGUAUAUAUUAUAUAAUAUAUAUAAUUACAUACGUUGUCAUGUAAUAACUAGUAUUACCACGUCUCUCUGUGUUUUUCGACGACUUCACAUCUCCUUAGCAAAUUUUAGAUCCCCAAUUUUCAAUCGAAACCAAAUCGACGCAACGCGGACGGUCGGCAAAAGUCGAAAAAACCGAUGGGAUUCUAAAUUUUCAACUUCUUCCACGUCGAACCGAAAGAAAGAAAGAAAGAAAGGUCAACGACCUUGUGCAUUUUCCGAUCAACCGAUCGCCCCGGAAAAUCAAAACAAAGAAACACAUCUGGCGGUCACGGAGGCUUCUUUCUAGCUUCAGGUGUCGACUUCAGCGUUGACUCGGUGGAGAACGGAGUCCGUCGGUUUUUCACCCAAGAAAACUGGGCGCACCAAAAAUAACCCCGAUCUAUAACCACGCGGUGCACAAAGUGGGGUUGUCUUCCGAGGCCGCGUCGCAGGGCGAACGAGCAGCAGUAAGUCAUUAGACGCGCAGUUGGUAACGAACUUUGCACCGCUUUGUAUUAGGAGUGGUCACGGGUUCUCGGUACGCUCGGUUUCCAAAAUACAGCGGGUUACGUUCCGAAUUCCCAAAGGCAACGCUCGGUCUCCGAUUCUCCUCCGUGCCGCUCUCUUUUACGUUACUCUAUUUUUCGUUGAGCUUUUUUUCUCCAUUUCACCGCUCUGCGAAGCGCGCAGCUGAUCGUCUGCGAAGCUACGAGGACGUUUCGGAUCGACGUCGGCUCGUUUUUCAGACGAACGACUCGAAAUUAGACGCGCGUCGGUUUCCAUCCUAUCAUCCCUCUCAUACGCGUAAUGGUCGUUAAUUCGUCUGUUCUCGGUAGAAACUUUCUCUACACGAAUGAGAGUAAUCCGACAAAUUACUCAACGAUCGCGGCGAACGAUCCAUACGUUACGGAUCGUUAGCCGACCUGACGUAUCGGUCCAACGACGUUCGAGUGACCGGCAUCUUUGAUCGCACCGACAAAGUCUCGAUCUUCUUUUUUUCUCCGUUUUCCCCUUUUUUUUUCUUCGAAGAGAAGAGCUCCGCGUGCUCCGAAUAAUUGUUCAUCCGUCUCGUUGGGACAACGUCGAAUUUUCAAACUCCUUCCCGAGUGUUGAGAGAAAAAAUUGGCAAUUUCGAGCGCCUGAUUCUUUUCGGAAGCCU